AACCCACAAUCAAUAAGCCCACAUUCAAAUGGCUAUUCUGCUGCUAUCGUGAUUAGACGAGAGACAUGUAACCAAGGACUGGUGUUGGUUACACAACAUGAAUUUUGGCGAACAACAAUAAAUUCACCCAUUCCCCCCUGAAGCGCGAGUGAAACUCCAUUCACUUUUCAUUGCCUUGUUGUGUACGAUCUUUUCAUCGCCAUUAUCGAAAUCAUGUUCACGCGUCGUAGUAUGUCUCUGUUCCGCACCCGCACACAUCUGUGUUUCCCACAUAGACAUCACGUCAUGAGCAAUGCAGCAUCCCUACCUAUCAGCCGCAUGAAAGAACGCCCAGUUCAACUUAUGGGUAGCACAUUUCAGCAGGUCGCGCGAUUCAGCAAUGGGUUUUUCGGUGCCAGUGGAGGACGUGGAGGACAGAAUCAACAGCAUGAAUGGUUUCGAAAGAUUUCCAACGCCGAUGCCGAGUUUCAAUCUGAUCCUUCAACAUACGAAGCGGCCUGUUUUCACCCAGAUGAUGACGCAAGACAGAGAGACAUUCGAACAGAGCUAUCAUUAUCUCUUCCUUGCGAUGAAUUACUCGCGAUAUUCGAUCGUAUCUCGGAAAGAAUUCAGUAUAUGCCUUUGGAAGCCAAGAUUUUAUCAGAAAUGCGAGAAAUAGUCAGGGAUAUUCGGGAGAUAUGUCUUGAGCGGAUGAACACUGACGCACCGUUUUCACACAAAACGCUGCAAAGACUCGAGUAUAUCAUUUUAUUUGUUUCAAUUUUCUAUCACAACGGAGACCUUUCACACUGGUGUCUCACCUCAAAGGAUGCUGAGAGUCUCUGGAAAUUAUUUAGAACGUUGGAGCACGUUUCGCAUAUUCAGCGCGCAAACUACUCGCUCCGGAUGUUACGAAAAAGCAUACCUAUGGAAGCAGACAGGGGAAUUACCUCCGCGACACAUUACCGUAUCCGCUCGGGACUAAGGAGCGUACAUGGUUUUGCGUUUCACCUCACAUGUGCCGUGAAUGAGAAUCAGCUGCGUCAACAGCAGUGGUUUACAGAUGAGGAUGAGAUUUUAUUGUUACGACUGGCCGGAUCACUCAAGAGAUAUGCAGAGGCUAAUGAUACGACGCUCAAAGACCGCAUGUGGAUUUCCGUAGAUCCGAGUAUCUGGGAGGGUCAGAAUGGGUCGCACCACAUGUUGAAGAAAAUGAUCUCCGAAAAGCAGCUUGAAAGAAAGACCAUUUUAGGGUAACACUGAAGAAAUGUAAGAUACUUUCGUCUACCUUUCAACGCUUCGAGAGAGAUACUUUUCAGUGAAAUGUGAUCCUACGGGGCAUGGCACAAUGAAAAUGCUACGACAACCAGAUUAGCAUACGACCGUUGGGAUUGCCGUUUCGACAACCUAUUCAAUAUCCCUACAUUCUCUUGAUGUAAUUAUAUCUCUUACUACCUAUAUAAAGAGCACAAAAAAUCACAGAUAUGGAGUGCUCCUACUUUGAUACGAUUUUAAGUCCCUCGCGAAAUUGCUCAUCUGUCCACAAAAAUACAUGGAAUGUACAAUCAUUGAGUCAAGGUCUCUUGCCGCGUCUACCUACUCACGUAGCACAGCGCGAUUGUCUUUACGCGGCAAUCAACACAGCGAGCGCCAAAUCCACAAUGCUAUCUUCC